CAUGUCUAUAUAAGGGGUCUAUAAAUCCGUCACUCUCCUUUCCAGGUUUCAGUAAAUUAGCUUGUGAGGCGUUAGCGCCUCCUGAGUAGACAUGUUUCACAGCGCCUUUCUCAGGUUUAACUUGAUGUGUCCUGCUGGACAUUUACUGAGAUCUACGGCUUUUACGAAUACAGUGCAGGAGAGGAGAAUCACAACGUGCUCAUUGCGGUGGUUAAAUUUAGCCGCGUCGCUGCGGCCUUCACAUCCUCGGUGUGUCCUGGCGGAGCUUCCCACACACGGCGCGUCUCACUGGGGCAGAAGAGCAAGGUGGUGCCGCUGGAUGAGCUCCAGUCAAUCUGGGUCCAUUUCAAAGGUCCCACAGUUUCCCACAUGGGAGCCAGUAGCUGAGAGGCAACUUCCACCUCCUACUAAAGUCUCUGUAGACCUCGUCGAUAAGUUGGAGAGACUCGCUCUUGUAGACUUCGGCAGCCAGGAAGGCGUGGAGUGUCUGGAGAAAGCGAUUCGGUUCGCUGAUCAGCUCCAUGUUGUCGAAACUGAAGGUGUGGAACCGAUGGAUUCUGUCCUGGAGGACAGAACUCUGUAUCUGAGAGAGGACACGGUGACGGAGGGAAACUGCGCAGAGGAACUUCUUCGGCUCUCCAGAAGCACAGAGGAGGAAUAUUUUGUAGCACCUCCAGGAAACAUCCCGCUUCCGAAGAGAGAGGAGCGAACCGCCAUGCUGAAGCACUCCGAGCUCUGAGAUCAGAAAUAUCAUAAAGCGAGACAAAUUGUUACAAUAAAAAUGAAGGCCUGCUUCAACUAA